AUGUCAUCAGUGAAACAGACUCAGGUGUGCUGAGUGACAGACUGACGAGUCAAAGUGGUUUGUCUGUGUCGACAUGAGGACAGAUCAGAACCUCGGCGCUGCUCUCUUGUUAACGGUGCUGUGCUGCAGCUCGGCGACCACAGCAGAGAGGACGUUGACCUGCGACCUGCAGGACUACGCUCAGAGGCUGAUCUGCUAUGACAGUCUGAUUGUUGUCCAGAACGUGAAUGCGAGUCACAGAGAGUCGGAGGUUUGUGUUGACGGCGUUCCUCCGACCCGUCUGCAGCCGCCGCUCUGCUCCAUGACGCCCGUCCUCAACACCGUCAAGAAGAGGUGUGAUGGUCGAUACAGGUGUGCAGUGAAGAUGGAUUCAUGUCACUUUGCUAAACCCUGCAUGACCAGGUGUGUGUGGAUGGAAACCACAUACACCUGUGAGACUGGGAGGAUCCACUAUGUGUGUCAGAGACGGAGGUCUACACUCGACUGUGGAUCUCAGGUGAUCAAAGUAUUGAGAGCUAACUACGGCCGGCUCAGUAAGAGAGUCUGCUGGUACGAUUACCCUGACAGCCACCCGCCCAGCACCGCCUGUCGAGACUCCAGAACACUGCAGGUGAUGGCCGGCAGGUGUGACGGUCGACACAGAUGUUCGGUCCGAGCCUCCAACAGCAUCUUCUCCAACCCGUGUCCCGGAACCCGCAAGUACCUGAAGUACUCCUACACCUGUGUGGACCGCGAAUGAAGGUGAGAAGAUUCACCUGGACACAAACUCACCAGCGUUCCACUCUCAGAGCUGAAGAUCUUUGAAAUGUUUGAAUUAAUCUGAACAUUAAAAGAGUUUCGUGUAACGUU